GAAAGUGAGACCGAUGAGAAAGGAGAAAAGGAGGGCGGACAAGAAACAUAGAUAGAUGAUAGAUAGAUAUAUAGGAUUCAGUAGGAUUUGCUGUUACAUGAAAGAGUUUUCAUUCAUGUAACAGCAGGAGAGGCUAGGUGGAGCAGCACGUUCCCUCGCCAACACACACACUCACUGCUCAUAGCUAUAGCCACGCCUCUUUUUAUUUUACUCUCAUCACACACCCAGAAAAACAUGUGGACUAGCAACUGAGGAAUUCGCCAUGAAGUCUCAGCAGAAGUGCAUUAUGAUCUUUGCUUUGGUGUGCUGCUUCGCCGUACUGGUGGCAUUGAUUUUCUCAGCUGUGGACAUUUGGGGCGAAGAUGAAGACGGGAUCACAGAGGAGAACUGUAGCAGGAACUGCAGAGUAGUGCUUGUUGAGAACAUUCCAGAAGACAUCUCCUUUGACAAUGGUACAGCACACCUCCCUCUCUCAGCGGGACUGUCCCACUUACUGGACCAAGCUAUCAGGGUCGUAGAGAUAGUUUCCCCGCUGUGGCUCCUCAAUUCCUCCGAUCAUGAAUCCAGCUUCCAACCUGCUGCCAGAAAGGGCAGGGCUCUGCUGUCCAGGCUGCAGGGGCUGAAAGCAAAAGGAAUCCAGCUGAAGAUCUCCAGCGGGUUGAUUGACUCAACCGAGCUCAGGACACUUGCCAGACACAAUGCUGAGGUCCAAUAUAUGAACAUGACAGCACUGACUACAGGUCACCUUCUCUCCUCCUUCUGGGUGGUCGACAGGAGCCAUUUCUACAUCGGCAGUGCAAGCAUGGACUGGAGAUCCCUGGCCACAAGAAAGGAGCUGGGUGUGUUGGUGUACAACUGCAGCUGUCUGGCUUUGGACCUCCACAGAUUGUUCAGUCUCUACUGGGGACUUGAAUAUAAAGACUUCAUCCCCUCCUUCUGGUCAAAGCGUCUCUUUGCUCUCUUCAACAAGAACACACCUCUUGAACUCACUCUCAACAGCACCAAGGCUCAGGCCUUCAUCUCUAGCUCCCCAGAUGCUUUCAUCCCCAAAGAUCGUAGCAGUGAUCUGGAAGCCAUUUCCAUGGUCAUCCAAGAAGCCCGUCAUUUCAUAUAUAUAUCCAUCAUCGAUUACCUGCCUCUCCUUAGCAGCAACGCUCACAAGUAUUGGUCUCGUAUCGAUGGCCUUAUCCGGGAGGCUCUGAUCCUGAGGAAGGUGCGGGUACGUCUGCUGACAAGUUGCUGGGAAAAGACUCAUCCACUUACUUUCAACUUUAUCUGGUCCCUGAGGAGUCUAUGUAUGGAGCAGGCAAACUGCUCUCUGGAAGCUAAGUUCUUCAACCCCAGAGUGCAGAGGGAUGGCAGUCUCCAGGGAAUAAACCAUAAUAGGUUUAUGGUGACAGACAGAGCAAUUUAUCUUGGUAACCUUGACUGGGUGGGAAAUGAGUUUAACUUUAAUGCAGGAGCAGGCCUGGUAAUCAGCCAUCCAGAAGGUAUCGAGAAGAGGAAAUCCACAGUGGUGGAGCAGCUGCGGGCUGCAUUUGACAGGGACUGGUUUUCACGUUACGCCCUGCAAGCCAAUAAGAUCACUGUUUGCAACAAGCACCAUACCAGGCAGAUGCCAAUAAAAGCCAGCCACAUAGACAAAGGACCAAUGCCUAUGAGAACAGGCCAUGAUAGCAGACAUGCACGAAUGAGAAACAGUCACAACAUUGGGCUUAACAAAAUGAGUCACCAAAGCUUUGCCGAUGAACUGGUGCCAAUUCUAAACCGUUACGAAGAGAGGGGACAAGCCAAAAUGAGUCACUUUGAUAACAGACAGGUACAAAACAAAGGUAAUUACUAUGACAAUCCAACUGAUCUGCCCAGUCAGUCAGUUGAGAGCAGUGGCAGCAGAGAGAUCUCAAAUGGAUCAAUGUGAUUGCACAAAAUGAUGGAUUUCUUUUCACUGAAUGUGAUGUUUGAAGAACUGCUCUUUUCCAGUGACAAUGGAUUUAUCACUGAAUAUUUGUAGCAUUUCAUUAUUUUAAUUUUAUAGGAAACAACACAUUUGAAGAUUAAAAAUAAUAUCUUGACUUGAUAAAGUACAUGGAGGAAAUCAAGAAGGAGAGCAGAUGCUCCUUCUGCAGUCUCGCACUUGAUUCUUAAAGAAAGAAACCAAAACAUUUGGUUAAGAAAUUAUUCUAAUGUUAUCUGACUGAAUUAAACCAAUGUUGACAAACAACCUCAUGUAGCCCUGCUAACUGGACACAAAAAGACAAACAUAAUUCUCUGUUAAGACAUACUGAACUGUUUAGCAUUUACACUUAUUUACUGAUAUCUAGGAUUUCCACUGAAAUGCAGAUAUUAGUAAUUUCACUCUCACUGCUAAAAUUCAUAAACAUUGCCAUUUAUAAUGGAAACAAUGUCAUUAAUUUUGACAAUUACCCACAUUUGAGAAAAUGGAGCUCUAAAGGGAUUGAUCAAUUUAUGUCCACCAUGUUUUAAAGGUUUGGUGUGUGGAAAUUAGAGGUCCACAGUGGGGGGGUAGCAGAUUACUACCAAAUGAAUAACUCUUACCUGACCCUCCCCUACCAAGCAUGUUGGACAGCCACUGGUGGCCUUCAGUUAACAUAAAAAGAGGCCCCUUCUAGUGCCAGUGUUUUACUGUGUAAGGAAGGACUCUGUGGGAAAGAAGACCUGUUCCUAAAUAUAAAGGUCUCAUUCUAAACUGACAUCGAAACAAGAAUGUUCAUUACAAGAAGGUGAAAAUUAUAAUGUUUUAUUUCCUAGAGGUCAUGAUUGAAUUAGAUGAUAAAACUGUGUUUAAUACAUGACACCACAUGUCCAAUGUCCAUUGAAAAACUACAGCCUUCAUAACAAUAUUUUUUCCCUGGAGGAAGUGGGUCUAUUUAUCUGAAAAUGUCCAUAGAGAUAAUCAUGACUGGUUCUAUGUACAAAUCCAAGGAUAAACUAAAUGGAUAUGUACAGUAUAAUAUCCUCACAAAUGCAAUGUUGUGACUUAUUAAGCAAAUACUAAAUACUUCCUCAAACGGCUCCCGUUUAAGGAAGGGGACAGAGGGUCUCUGCUUUUAGCCAAAUCAUUAUAAUGAAUUUUUGACAGAGCUUGACAGUUGCUGCAGUUUAACCUCAAGGACACAGUGGCCUGAAAUGCCAUCCCUGUGGCUGAGUAUAUAAUACCUUUAACAUGUGGGGUCAGAGCUUUUAGUGUAUCAGUAGUUAAGAACAAGUCGUUUACGCUUUAUUGAAAACUUGUAGCAACUUUCAUUUGCAUUUUUGAAUGACUGCAUGUCAGUUUUAAGACGUUUACACACUCUUUCCUACGAGUGCAAAUUUUUUCAAAGUAUUUCUAAUUUCCAAUGCCAUUGAUCAAGGGAACAGGGCAUUGAGUGUACAUAUUGAGUGUUUAUCCUAAAAUUAACAAUUGAUGUGUCAAUGACUAUUGAAUUAUAAAUUAACAAUAUAUUAACAUAUAUUCUGUUUUUAUUCUGGUUGUGAUGGGUUAAUUGUUUUUAAUCUAAAAAUCACAGGUUCCAGCCUUUCAAAUAUUUGGUCCUUUAUAAUAUUAGUUAAGCUGCAUAUCUUUGAGUUUUUGGACUCAUGGUCAGACCCUAAAAACGUUAACAAAUUUCAACAAACAUCUAGGCUUUGAGAAAUUAUGAUGGGAUUUCUUUUACCUACAAAAUGAUUCUUCAAGAAAUAAUUUAAUGCAGACCUAACAUGAUAUAAUACCAGACUUUCAAUGGAAACAAUUGUUUGUUCUUGCUCCGUUUGUGCUACAUAAUGUUGCCUAUACAGUCAAACAUUAUCAAAUAUUUGUAAUAAAUUUGUUAUAAACACCUCUUGACAACUGUAAUCUGGUCAUGAUGGAUGGAACUUCUGCCAUCUAGAGGAUGUCAAGAGAAAGAACAAUUUCUUCUCACAUGGUAUGAACCAAUACUUUUUAAAAAUCAGCCUCGAUCAAGUAUACGUAUGGGAGUCACAACCAAUAAUCCAUCCAUAAACUAAAGCAUAAGUCUGACACUAAAGCUAAUAUAAAGCACACACAAUCACCUGCCAUUAUCUUUGUUACAACAUCCACAUGUUUUCUUGUCAAGCUCUACGUCCCAAUGCUGUUUUGCUUUUUAUUUGACAGCUUGUUUGUAGUUAAAUUCACUACUUUAUGCUGCCUUUAUAUAUUAUUAUCAUAUAGGGACAUGAAUGCUGCUGAUAUGCCCUAUACCCAGGUCUGUGUGGACUUUACUCAUUGAAUUGUUUAAAAACUAUUUUGAUCUUGAUAAACAGUAACCAUUUCUAGUUAGCAUGGAUCGGGACUAAGCCUUUACUGAUAUAUUGUUAACUUGGCUUUGAUGUAUCUCCAGAAACAGAAAAUGAAAAUAUCAAGGUUUGAAAUCAGCAAUGUUUUACAAUCUGAUAUAUCAAUAAAAAAAAAGUGCUAUCCAUGCAAACCAAUAUGAAUAUUUCUGUAUGACCUGUUGUCUGUUGACGUCUGUACAUCACUCCAGUGACACUAAAGAAAGAUGGAUUUGUCAGAGUGGAAAGUUGAUGGGUUUAAGAUGCAUAUUUAAACUCAAUGAUGCUCACUAUAAAAGCUUUUUGAUGACGCCUGCCUUUAUUCAGUUGAAUUACUUUCGCAUGACUGUCGCUUGCAUGCCCUGCCAUUAUGGACAGUGCACAGCA